AACAAUCGCUGAUUUUCGCCGAAAUUUGUCACUUUCAUAUUCAAAGAGCAAACUCAGAGAAAAAGAAGUUCAAAGCACUCAAAAGAAAACAAAAUAGUGAUUUUACAAAAAAUUUCGCUUGACAAGUAAAAUAAGAGAUUUUAAUUAAAAAUGGAAGGAGAUUCGAAUCAACAUAGUGCCUCGUCCACAGUGGAGUUACCAACUACAGGAGUAGUAGACGCCAGCGAUGUAUUAGUAAAAUCAUCAUCCGCGGUAAGUGAAAGCGUGUCAACGGAAAAUAUUGAUACAGUCAAUACUAUGAAAGAAACGACUGAAAGUGAGGCGGGCACGGAGGAACAACCGCCAACAAAGCGGCCCAAAUCGGAAUUAGAUGAUGAAAAUGGUUUGGGUAAUGUGUCGACCACGUCGAUCGCUGGCACCAUUUCUGAAAGAAUUACUCUAAAGCCGAAAGAUUUUACUUUGGAUACAGAAGAAUUGAAGAAUGCGCUGCCGCGUAAAUUCCAACGCAUUCCCAUUUUUAUAGCUGACUAUCACAAUGAUGUGUUAGAAUUUAUAUACCGUUGCUUGGCUACACGUCAUUUACCGCUAGAGAAUAAUAUAUUGAUACAUUUUGAUUCUCAUCCUGAUAUGGUUAUAUCGCGUGAAAUUCCCGCUAGUGCUUCUUAUGACAAGGAAACGAUGUUGGCCGAACUUAGCAUUGAAAAUUGGAUUAUGCCGGCUUGUUACGCAGGUCACUUCAAUAGAGUAAUUUGGCUGAAAAAUUCGUGGUGCCAACAAAUUCCUAUAGGCAAAUACAAUUUUAAAAUCGGCAACAAAAAUGAUAAAAUCAGUGUUGAUUGUCCACUUGAUUAUUUCAUAUCUGAAGGUAACUACUGUGAUACAAAAGAGUUGCUGGAUACGCGUAACAUGGAACUACAAGUAAUUAAUGUAGACACAUCAAGCGAUAGUACACCAAUUGACACCGCACAGUUCAUUAAAGAGGCAGAUGGACCAAAUUUUGUAUUAGACAUUGAUUUGGAUUUCUUCAGUACUUCAAAUCCAUUUUUAGAAAUCUAUAAAGAUGCAAAUUGUUACGAACAACUCACCGAUAUCUUUCACUUUGAACCCGAAGUGAAAGACUGCGGUGGUACAACAGAGCGACGUAAGCUGCAAUUGGAAGCGCUUAAAAAGAUAUUUGAACAUUUGGAAGAAACACGUACCCUGGAUGGUUUGACACCGGCACCCGAUCCCACUAUUAUUGCUCCAGAGACUUAUGUACGCAUUGAGAAUCUUGCCAAAUCAUUGCAGAAACACUAUGCCGACGAUGAGAUAGACUGGCUACUCAUAUAUGAUUCGGGUAGUACCACGGACACAAAUGGUUUGCCGCAUCAUAUCAGCACAGCCAAGGAAUUGGAACAAUAUUUUGCACAAUUCAAGAGCUUAUUACAAAAUUUACCCACGCCACCGGUGCUCAUAACAAUGGCUUGCUCGGCCGAAGAUGAUUACUGUCCCAAACAUCAAGUGGGUGUCAUACAAGAGCGAGUAUUGCAAGUAUUACGUGAGGUAUUUGGUGAUCGGUUGCAUGAUAAAGCUAUACUACAUUAUUUGGACGAAGAAUGGGAUGUAAUGCAGUUGUAAUUGAAUAACUUGGUAUGCAAUGGCUGUGUUUAAGUGUAUACGUGUAUUUCCCGCAGCGGUUAUAUACACUUGCAAAAAUCGGGUGCUGAGUUCGCAUAGUUCCACCAUUGCAAAUAAAUAUAUGAAACGUACUCUAAGUAAGUAUGUAUACAUGCGUAGUUAAAUAUGUUUAAUGGCUAUAUGUUUUUUUAACAUAUGUCAUUUGAACAAAUUAUGUAAACCUUUUACAGUGUACGCACUGUGCACAAUUUAUAUGUAGUUGUAAGCGAUGAGAUGUAGUAAUUAUAGCAUAUUAUUUUUUAUUUAAAAGUCCAACAUAUUGACUAAUAAUUAUUAAAAAAAAGUAAUAAUAUAAAUGAUAUUAACCAGGAAAACUAUUAAUUGUUUAAGUGAAUAUAAACAUAUGCUAUACAACUCGAAGAUAUUAAUUAAGUAUCAAACAAAAUAACGAUUCAAUAAAGGAGCGUUUAUAGCGCAUUUUAACGCAGAACA